CGAGGGCAGGGGCCAAUGGGCGCGCUCGCUUUGCUGCGUACACACACAGCGCGCCCGGCCAAUGAGAAGCUGGGGCCGCCGGCUUCCUCGCGAGCGCACGGGCCAAUGGGCGCGCCGGGUUGUCAGGCGCCGCCAAGCUUGUGUGGGGGACGGGGACAGAGGCGCGCGCGGGCGAGAGACAAGAGGGAGCGCGAGAGGAGUUGGGAGCUGCGCGCGCAGAAAAUACGUUCCUGCCAGUGUCUACCACCAACUAGGAUUUUGCCCAAAACAUUAUCAUCAGUAAAUGUAAUAAAUGUCAGACCACAAAUGAUUCUAAGUACAUCACAAAGACUGACCAAUUCAGGGAAUGUUCUGAUUGGAAGUCCAUACAGUACAGCACCAGCCAUGGUCAUGCAGACACGCAUCACAGAAGCUACAGGUUGGAUCCCAGGGGACCGAAAAAGAGGUCGAGACUUCAUGGAAUCAGAUUUUUCAGAAAGUAAAAGAAGCAAAAAAGAAGAUAAAAAUGGGAAAGGUCUAAGACAUUUUUCAAUGAAAGUAUGUGAAAAGGUGCAGUGUAAAGGAACAACAUCUUAUAAUGAAGUUGCAGAUGAAUUAGUAUCAGAGUUCACAAAUCCUAAUAAUCACAUAGCUACAGAUUCACAGGCUUAUGAUCAGAAGAAUAUUAGACGGAGAGUUUAUGAUGCACUCAAUGUGUUGAUGGCAAUGAACAUUAUUUCAAAAGAGAAAAAAGAAAUCAAAUGGAUAGGUCUUCCUACAAAUUCAGCUCAGGAAUGUCAAAACCUAGAGAUGGAAAAGCAACAACGUAUAGAACGAAUAAGAGAAAAGAGAAUUCAGCUGCAAGAACUUCUAUUACAGCAAAUUGCUUUCAAAAACUUAGUACAACGAAAUCGGCACAGUGAACAACAUACCCGGGGCCCUCCAGCAGUGAAUUCUACAAUUCAACUACCUUUUCUCAUAUUAAACACCAGCAAAAGAACAGUUAUAGAUUGCAGCAUCUCCUCUGACAAAUUUGAGUACCUUUUUAAUUUUGAUAAUAUGUUUGAAAUCCAUAAUGACACUGAAAUAUUGAAGCGAAUGGGAAUGUCAUUUGGCCUAGAGGCAGGCAAAUGCUCAUCAAAAGACCUAAGAACAGCUAAAUCACUAGUGCCUAAAGCUUUAGAAAAAUAUCUCACAGGAAUUUGUUGGGUGAACCAGGAAUUUGUUUUAGAUUCAGCUCAAUCAGGUUCUACUUUGGACACAGCUGGGGAUUCUGCAGUUUUAAAGUCAAGUGCAAAUCCAGGGCUAUGUCUGGAUGCUGAAGUGGGCUUAGCAGCAGAACAACUUCUAAUUCACAGCAGCCAACAGUCCAGCAGUGCAACGUCCCAUUACUCAGAAUCAUGUGGUGAAACUCCCUGCUCAUUCAGUGACGAGGAUGACUCAUCUUCACCACAAUAAAGACGCACCAGCCAAAGGAAAUGUGCUCUUGUGCACUAGUCGUGUGAGCUUACAUUCUGUAUGUAGCCCUCUUCUAAAGUUUGUCAUUGCCCUAUGUACUUUGGUGAAGUUUGGAAAAGGUUUAUGCAUAGAGACUAGAGAACUGUAGGAGCAGUGUAGUGUUACAGGGCAAGUAAAGAACAUGAUUGCAUGUUCUAACCUGUGCAUAUAUGGGAGAAUAUGGGUGACGCUAAAUAAGUUAAUGGAUUAUCUUGCGUUAAUGCUGUUUGUACCUGUAUCCAGUCUAAAAGGGUAAUAUGGAGUUCCUCCUCUCCAAUUUGUUGGGUGUAGAGGUACAUCAGACUAAGGUUCAACAAUGACAUGCUUUCUUUAUUUGCCACCAGGACAUCCAAUUACAAGGUGAACCUAUGUGCAUGCACUGCUGCUUAUAUUAAAUAGAGAGCCAAUAGCUAGGCGCUUACAUCUCCGUGAUGUAAUCCUGGUUCAGAGUCUGUCUAUUGAGGAAGGAGCUUCUUAUAAGGUCUGGCAUGGGAAGGCGAGUCCAGAGGGAGGAAGGGCACAAUUCUGCUUGUUGUAUUGAAUGACAGUUCUUUGACAUACUCACUGCGUCUAAUUUCAGAAGUAGUCUUUUUCUUCUGGAAAGCAGCGUAUUUAAAGCCACCAUGUUUAAUGAAAUUAUAGCAAAGGUGUAGGUUUUGGUCUAAGCCAGGCAUGGGCAAACUUCAGCCCUCCAGAUCUUUUGGACUUCCAACUCCCACAAUUCUCUUAGAAAUUGUGGGAGUUGCAAAACCCCUGGAGGGCUGAAGUUUGCCCAUGCCUGGUCUAAGCUGCUUGCUGAAUACAGAUAAGAUAUAAACUCAUAGUGGCAAAAGGUUUAAGUUUAAAGUCCUCCAUUUUAACGUUUCUAAAUUUAGCACUUGUUUUUUCUCCAAGUUACCUUUCCCCCUUCUACAAUCUAUGAUUGAACAUUGGGAUACUGUAUUUUCUGAAGUUGAUAGUUUGUAAAGUGAAAAGUAAAAGUAUUAAGAACAUUUUGUAAAAAAAAAUAGAAAUACUAAAUAGUAAUUUUAAUUGAUCUAGAUGAUUUCCAAUAUUUAUGAACUAAAAAGAGGAAUGGGAAAAAGUCUAAAUUGUAAUCUUUUUUCCACAGAAGACCUUUUUACAUAAACUCUAAGAUUUCAAUCAAAUUCAUGUAGUUUUAGUUAACAGAAAAGGAAAUGUAAAAUAGUUGUUUUUGCUUUGUAAUAAUGUUAGGCUGCACUCAUGGAAUAUUCCAGAUAUUUAAAUAGAACAACUCUCUUCAGAGGACUAAAAGGGAAAAAAUGGAAACCCUUUAAUCUCAGGUUUUUAAAAACUAUAAAGCCAUAAUAGUUUACUGAUAAAUGCUAAUCUUGCAGUGCUGUUAUGGAAGGAAACUCGUGUAUUAAUAGUAGCAUGGAUAGAAAAAAAAACACCACUGUUUACUAUAAUAAAUACUAUUAACAAGGAACAAUUUUACUUUACUAUACUUUAUUUAAAUUAAGCAAGUUUAAGUGUUAGGAUAUAGUUUGGGGUAUGUUAAAGCAAUAUCUUACUCUUGGGAUGAGCAUCUAGAGCAGUGGUUCUCUACUGUGGGUCCCCAAGUGUUUUGGCCUUCAACUCCCAGAAAUCCCAGCCAGUUUACCAGCUGUUAGAAUUUCUGGGAGUUGAAGGCCAAAACAUUUGGGGACCCACAGGUUGAUAACUACUGAUCUAGAGUUUCAAUUGAUUGGGCCUUACUGUGAUAGAAUACUGGCCAAUAAGCAGGAAUAAAUGGUUCAGUAAAGCCCAGUCGCUUUCAUCUUCCUUCUGCCUUUUUAAUUUACUUUUAAUUUGUUGUUUUGAAAAUCUGCUAAAUAGGGUAAUAUGCUCAGGAAUAUUUGUAACUUUGGUGGUUCUGAAGUAGAAACAUUAGGUAUGACAAAUUAUCUUAUAAUACUCUUUUUAAAACUAUAGAAUAAUUAAGAGCAGAUGGCUCUGCUGACUCUGUACUAUGCUGUGAAUCUUGUUUUAAUACCGUCGAGUUGGAAAUGAGAUUCAGUUUUGAUUUUAAGAAAUCUCCACUGCCAAUUACCUGAUUCUUUAGCAUUGUAUGAGUAUUUUUACAGACAGUGGUGGGUGUAUAAACAAUAUCAGGCCUUGGAAUGUGUACUUUAACAAUGAUAAAGUAACAUUUAUUUUUGAAUAUAUUCCUUUUGAAUUCUAGUACGGGAAAGUGGUUGAAUUUACUGGAAAUUUCAAACAUUUAAAAAUGAAAUAGGACAAUCAUAUCAGUAUAGUUGCUCACAAGUUGUUCCCUGCCUGUGGUCUUUGUGAUCUUUUUCUAUAUGGCCCCAGAAAAUAAGAACAAUUACUCUUAAUGGGGCUUUUAACUUGGGCCAUUAUUAGGUAUAUUUGUUUUGCUUUUAUGGGAAAUUUUAAUUAUUAUUUUUCUCAAAGGCUUUGAUUCAGACAGUCUUACUAAUAUGAUUGUAACCCAGUAUUGUCUCUACAACUAAACGUGUAAGUCAUGAAUUAUUGACAGAGAAUUAGGAAGAAUUCUUGGUAUUCAUUCUACAAACCACACUGUUAUGUCAAAUAAUAAUUUUCUAUGUUCACAUUAAAAAAAUUGCUUAAGAGUUAUGAUCUAUUUUUUCUAUCAUAAAAAAUACUUUAUGGUCCCUUCCCUGUAAUAGGUUUGAUACAAACCAAUCUUGUGUUUUUCAGACACAGAAGCAUCCAUGUCUUUACCACAACCUUGAUAGUGUAAUUUUCCCAUAUUAAAUGACCUAAAGGUUUGUGUAUAUGUCACAUAAACACUCCUGGGAAUUCUGGAAAUAAUUGUGACAAGUCGUAUCAGUAGCUGCUGCAUACUGCAGGCAUGAUAUCUCAAGUGAUCUUUGUAUGAUGCUGAAGACAUGUAACCAACCUCUACAGUAUGACACUUUUAUUCUGUAAGCCAGAAAUCAGAAGAUGUAAUGUUCCAUGAAGUAACUAGCUAUUUUUAGAUAUUGCUUUAAUGUUAUGUUUUAGAAGAGGAUGCUGGAUUGAUUUUUAUUUUAUGAUUUGGGGAUAAUUUUAAUACUACAUAUUAUAUGCAGUUUGUCUGGCGAGUUAAAGUGUGAUUGUAUUCCAUAUAAAGACAGAAAUCAGACAAAACUUGCAUAAACUUUUAUGUUGAAGCUAUUGCUAUUAAAAAUAAAAUGUCUUUGAUUAAAGAAGAAAAUGUUACUUUGUAGUAUUAUACAUUUUAUAAAUAAAUACCUGUUAUUUUUAAUGGAAAUUUUAUAUAAGAACCUAUUUCUGUAUAUUUAAAGUGAUCCAGUAUUUUAUUAAAAUCCUACAAGUGAGGAUUGUGCAGAAUAAAGCAAGUAUUUGCAUUUGAUUGAAUCAAAAAAGCAUGCAUACUCUCAAGAAAAAUAACAUCCAGCUGUUUGUGACCUGAAAAGUAAAGCUAAACUGUAGAACAGAAUAAAAUCAUUUCAAGGCGA